UGUAUACGUGAACAUGGGCCAGUGGUUUAGUGGCAGGAACCAGGACGUAGAACAAGUGGAACGAGGGGCAAACCCUUAUCGAUAUCCACCGCCUACAGGUACGUACUUUGCCAGUCGUUUCCGAAUGGGAGGCGAGUGGUUUGACACUGCGCAGCCAGAGGGUUACCUUUUCGGCGAUAAUAAUGACUUAAAUUUUUUGGGAAGACGCCCAACUCGGUUUCCGUAUCCAGUACCGCCAGUGGGAGAGCCAACUAGAACUAUGCAAAGCUUGAUUAACAUCAGAAAGGACACAGUAAAGCUUGUCAAAGUUCAAGGGAAUGAAAACGAUUACAACUUGGAGUUCGUCUUUGAUGCUGAUGUUAAGUGUCUUAUUACCUUUUACUACCUUGCUACGGAGGACGUUACUACUGAUGGCUACUUGCAGUACUCUCCCAAAUCACUACAAAUGAAAUCCAAAUCAUUUCCUUACAAGAGAGGGUCUGGCCAAGUGUUCAAGGAGCCAAGUUGUUUGCUAAAACCAAAAUCAUUUCCAGAGAAUGAGUUAUCAUUUGAUCAAGAAAGGCCAGACUUAUAUCCUCUUGUCAUACAUAUUGAGGCAGAUGAUACUGAAAACAAAGGACAUUCUCAUGCGCUGAUUGGCAGCUUUGACAAGGCAUCGGAUGGCACUUACAUUGUCAAAACAAUCAAACAAAAGCAGAUGAUUGAUGGAUGUCUGUUUGUCCUACAAGAAAUAUAUGGACUGGAAAACAAAGGACAGAAAGCAGCUAAGUCCUACAAGACAAACAAAGAUGAAGAGGAUGUUGAUGAUGAUGAUGAUGACGAUGACGAUGAUGUAACAUCUCAGACUGGUGCUGAAUGUUUAAUUUGUAUGGAAGAACCAAAGGAUACGUUUUUUCUGCCAUGCCGGCACCUCUGUGUGUGUCACGAGUGUGCGGAGUCGUUGAGGUACAGAGCCAACAAUUGCCCAAUUUGUCGUCAACCUUUCAAGGCAUUAUUACAGCUGAAGGCAGUACAGACGGCAUCAGCGACAGUGAGUGAAGAUGCAGAAAAUGCAGGAUCAAGACAGAUGAAGUAUAAUCCUGUGCCAUUGGUGGAAGCUCUUAACAACUGUAGUACAUCUGCCAUGAUACAAUCACCUGAACAUCGUGAACUGUCACAAUCUGAUGUUGGUACUGGAAUUGAUGAUGGACAAAUACAGGAAGAGGGAUCAUUGAGCACAACUGCUAUAGAGCUAACUCCUGCUGGAUCUAUGCAACCUCUUUUGGAAGUGUCUCUUCCAGGAACACCUACUCACAGCGACGAAACAUCCUCAUCUCCAUCCAUUGCAAGUACCAACAGACUGGAAGUUGACAUCACUGAAAUGCCAUCUGUGGUAGAAGAGGAUGAGUCUGUUGUAAAUGUGUAAGCAUGUUAUUGUUGUACUGAUACAAAUGCAUAUGUGACAUGUCACCAGUUAUGUUGUAGAUAGAUUCUUAAUGUCCAUCAAUAGCAAGACUACGUAGAUUACAUAUGAAAAGACACUAGUUCAAUUACAAAUGUGGGUUUUUAUAGUUUAGAUGAAGGUACAUGACAUGUAAACAAACACAUGCUAAGUGCUAUUGUAAAGUUAUGAGUAUGCAACAAUUCAAGCACUGAGCAAAAGA